AUGUUCAUUGGAAUUUAUCGUCUACCGAAAAGUGCUGAGCAUCCAGUGGACAGUACUGCAGAACGGUUCACUCUGGCCGAAUGUGAGAAAGCGUCGAAUGAGUUGGGUCUGCGUCGCAGACAGAUGCGUUUCUGUGCGCAUCCACGAUUCGGCUAUGCCAUGUUGGCCGUUCUUCGUGCCGCACAUGCUGUGGGCUAUCAUUGUCCAAAAGCGUUCGCAGAUCGUCGAUGGAAUUGUACGUCUAUUCAUCAACUACCCGACGUGUCCCCAGAAUUACAACGAGGAACAAGAGAACAAGCUCUGGUACAUGCGUUCGCCAGUGCCGCGCUCCUGUUCGAAAUCGGUCGCUAUUGUGCUCUAAAUAAAAUUCGUUUCUGCUCAUGUGGAGACGACACCGGUGCUUACGCGUUACCAAACUACUUCACCGGGAACGGUAUGAGCGAUCCGAACGUGUAUGGGGAUAAAAAUAACGCUCUUGUCUACGAGUCCAGUGGGACGAAUGAAAAUCUGGACAGUCAGACCAAUCGUAUGCAACCCAUGGGUGGGGCAACAUCGUCAAGUGACGGUCCGCAAACAGUGAGUCGAUUUUACUGGGCCGGUUGCUCAGACAAUCUACGAGUAGCUCGCGAAUACACGUCCGCUUUUCUCGGAUUUCCAAAUAUUCGUGUCCUAUCGAUUCAACCCACGGAGACAGUGAUUAAAACCUCCAAGACAAGUGAUGACAUCGGACCGGAUCGAUUUGUGCGUUCCACCAUGCAAACAGAUGUCACGGAAUCCGAUGAAGAUGAUCUGUCAACGUAUGCAGACGAUACUCCGAAUAAAGCUCGACCCAGUGGAGAAAAGCUGAUGGAGACCAAUCAACGGCUUGUAUGUAAAUGCCACGGUGUCAGUGGCAGUUGCGCUCAACGUGUUUGUUUCCGACAAUUGAGAAGAAUAGACAAUGAGGUGAUGCAGAAAGCUUUGAAAAUCAAAUAUCUGGCUGCAAAACAAGUUACUCAAGCAGCAAACGGCCAGCUAAUUGCUAAAACGUUUUCCGGAAACGGGUUCGUCGAUGAGGUGGUCAAGCAUGAAGAGCUAGUUUACAGUGAACACUCCCCGGACUACUGUAAUGUGGAACCGCAACGUGGAUCUGUGGGUACACGAGGACGCUUGUGCACUUUGAAUGAUUCGGGCACGGCAAACUGUCUCAAUAUGUGUUGUGGUCGUGGCUAUCAGAAUCUGACCACUCACGAAGUGAUUCAAUGCAACUGUCGUAUGGGCGAAGGAUUCAAGGUCAAAUGUGAUGAGUGUAAUGUGGAAGUUGUCACCCACCGUUGCCUGUGA